CUCGUCUACCUCUGCCGAAGGCCGAAGGUGUUUCAAAAAUGGUUUGUUGACGAAGAGUGACGUUUUUACCAGAGGAAAGAAGCGGGCGCGAAUGGUUUUGGGCUGACGGAAAUGUGGCCGCUACUGCUAGGCCUCUUGGGCUUCAUGGGGAUCUGGCCCACAGCCCUCAGCAUGGAUGCCCUCGAACGAAGCCAGCUCCGGGAAGAAGCGCGGGACAUGUUCUACCAUGCGUAUCGCGCAUAUAAGGAAAACGCAUACCCAGCUGAUGAGUUGAUGCCUUUGAGCUGCAAAGGCCGCUAUCGUGGUCAAGGUUCGUCUAGGGGUGACAUAGAUGAUUGUCUCGGAAACUUUUCACUAACCCUGGUUGACACACUGGACACGCUGGUCAUACUUGGUGACCUAGAAGAGUUUGAGCACGCAGUUUCUCUCAUCAUUAGAGACGUCUCUUUCGACACAGACAUAGUUGUCUCCGUCUUUGAGACAAACAUUCGGAUGCUUGGGGGCUUACUGUCUGCCCACAUAUUGGCAGAGUACUUGCAACAAAGAGCGGAAAUUAUGCCAUGGUACCGGGGCGAGCUGCUUCUGAUGGCAAAGGACCUCGGAUUCCGCCUCCUGCCAGCCUUUAACACCUCGACUGGCAUUCCACAUGCAAGGGUCAAUCUAAGGCACGGAUUGAAGUCACUUGAAAAGUCCACUGAAACUUGCACUGCUUGCGCAGGUACCAUGGUGCUCGAAAUGGCUGCGUUGUCCCGACUGUCAGGUGAGCCUAUAUUUGAAAAUAAGGCCCACCGAGCGAUGGAUGUGCUUUGGCAAAUGCGGCACCGCUCCUCCGACUUGAUGGGCACUGUGCUUAAUGUGCACUCUGGUGACUGGGUACGUCGCGACUCUGGUGUUGGUGCUGGCAUUGACUCUUACUAUGAAUACUGUCUGAAAGCAUAUGUCCUACUCGGCGAGGAGAAAUACCUUGGUCGCUUCAACCGUCACUAUGACGCAGUCAUGAAGUACAUCAGCCAAGGGCCAUUGUUGCUGGAUGUGCUUAUGCACAGGCCACACACAAAUUCACGGAACUUUAUGGAUGCGCUCCUUGCUUUCUGGCCUGGCCUGCAGGUGCUCAAGGGUGACAUCAAGCCAGCGGUUGAGACACAUGAAAUGCUUUACCAGAUUAUUCAACGGCACAACUUACUCCCUGAGGCGUUCACCACUGAUUUCCAAGUCCACUGGGGUCAACAUCCUCUCCGCCCAGAAUUCCUUGAAUCAACCUACUUCUUGUAUCGUGCCACACAAGACCCCUACUAUCUUCAAGUGGGAAAACAUGCGCUAAUGGCUCUCCAAAAAUAUUCUCGUGUACCAUGUGGAUACGCUGCAAUCAAAGAUGUCCGAACCACUGCCCACGAGGACCGUAUGGACAGCUUUGUGCUUGCAGAAACCUUAAAGUACCUGUACCUUUUGUUUACUGAGCCAUCCAAUCUUGUGCUAGACCUAGAUGAUUUUCUCUUUACCACUGAAGCACAUCUUCUCCCGCUCACUUUGGCCAAAAGUAGGAAUUCAUCUGUUUUUCUGAGUGGUACGUGUGAUGAAGAUCCUCGUAUUUGUCCGAGCACUCUGCAUCUUUUCCCAGAGUCAGUGCGUAAACCAUUGAAAAAUAUGGUCAAUGGAAUGUGCCCCCGGAGGUCGCACCGCAGGAAGUUGCAUGCCGUUCAAUUCCAGAUUGGGAACCCUGAGCAUAUGAAGGCUGUUCAUGACAUGGGCAUUGCCAUUAUAACUCUUCCAGACGGUCGUCUACAGUUGUUGCACACUCUGGCAAAUGCAAGAUCUGCUACUGAUGCUGAAGAAGGCUUGCAGUUCAUGCAGGAAAUGAUUGAGCUAUCCAAAUCGCAGGCUCAGACACCAGACUCUACACCUCUUAGUGUUUCAUACCAAGUAGGAGCUUCGGCGCAUGCCCCAGCACAGAGGGUGAUGCUGACUGCUGGUCCAGCUCAUUUUGGUCGCGAAUUAAAAGGUGCUGACCGUGUUUCAGCUAAAGUCGCACUUGUUGAACCUUUAAGAGUGUGCUCGCCCAUUGAAGAACCCAAGAAGUUGAAGGGGCGUAUUGCUGUGAUGGAGAGAGGAGACUGUAUGUUCAUCGAGAAGGCACGGCGUGUUGAAUCCGCGGGAGCUGUCGGUGCUAUUGUGCUGGACAACACAGGUGGCUCUUCUUCCAGCAUAUCGUCUAUGUUUGCCAUGUCUGGGGAUGGAACCAACGAUGUAAAAAUCCCUGUGGUCUUCCUCUUUCAACUAGACGCUUUGCGGUUGCUACAAGCAGUGUCCAUGGAUCCCGAGCUAGAGGUGAUCUUACAAGACUCAAGAAGCGCCAACCAUGAAUCAUUAUUGGCUGAUAAUACUGAUGUCAUGGAUGCUCGUCUUCUUGGCUCAAUACUGGACAAGCUUAAAGGCUCUGUGCAAGACUUUCUCAUGAAUCAACAGAACCACCUUGAUGUGAAAGAUGAUAUAAGCAGCAAGGAGGACCGCAUUCGCACCAACCGGGGUCGAAGUAGAAAAUUUGACUCGGAUGGCUCCAAUGAAGAAACUGCAAUUACCUCAAUUUCUCACGAGCCUAAAGACGAGUUGUGAUGUGGCACUCGAUGCCCUCAUUUCCUGUGAUUGCGCACCUCUUGGUCCGCACAACGAAGUUAUAAGCACUGCAUACAACAAAAAUCUUAUUCCAUUUGUAUGUUACUAAGUAAAGACAGGUCAAAGGUGUGCGUUUACCCUUUGUUAACUUUGCAGACAGAUUUUGUUUUGAUGAAGAAUAAAUCGUAUUUUGUAA